AAUAUGACAGCUCGAACGAGAAUAUAACGUCGAGAACUCUCAUGCUCUCUCUCAAUGGCAUCGAAAGAAGCAGAAGAGAAGGAAGAAGAUUACAUGGGAGAUAUCUCCCUCUUUCUUCCACCCGAAAUCUCCCAUCAUCCGUUACCUUCCAAAAAGAUCUCCAAAACCCCAAUCCCUGAGGCCUCCAACAAGCAGAAGAAACCGAACAAAACCCUAUCCUGGCAAGAGCAGCGCAAAAUCGAUCGAGAGCGGAAGCAGCGGGAAGAAGACCAGCAAACCCUAGCGAACUGCGAAUCAGCCAUUCCUCCUUCCAACGUUGGGUUCAAGCUUCUGCAGCAGAUGGGCUACAACCCGGGCUCGGCCCUUGGAAAGAACGGCUCUGGCCGGGCCGAGCCAGUCGUGAUCGAAAUCCGAAGGUCACGAGCCGGGCUCGGAACAGAGAGCCCCGUGAAGGAGAAGGUGAGGAGGGAGGUUGUUCGCACCGAGAGGAAGAGGAAGAAGGAAGACGAAUUGAUGGCGGAGUUCGGGUCACGGCAGAAAAUACAGUGGAGGAGUCGUCGGAUCAUUGCUGAUUUUAAUAAGGCGAGGGCGGCGCUUGCUCAGCUGGAAAACGAGGAAGUUCUUGAGCCAUUGAAGGAAAAUGAUGAAGCUGGAGAGGAGAAGAAGGAAGAGGAGGAAGAAGAAGAGAUCACGGAAGAGGAUUUGCAGGAUAUAUUGAUGAAACUAAGGGAUGAACAUCGAUACUGCCUCUACUGUGGGUGUCAGGAUCCUGACAAGGAGGUUGCUACUACGGUUGGCUGUGAUCCACGGAGAAAACCAAGGAAUUUACUCCUUUUUUGGAAAGCUUCAAGGCCUCUAAAGCUAAAAGAUUGUGUUAACAACACAAUGUCGUUAUGUAAACAAAUCAACAAUAACAUAUGCAGCAGUCCUCGCAUCCUCUGCAGAGAGCCACAGUGAAAGCGCUGAAUCCUUUUCCCAUUUCCAUUUUCCUGCAACGGAUAUCAGGUUACUGGCAGCACAAGCAGUUACAAAGGGUACAUGGCCAACCAUCAAGAGGCAGGACUCGUGUUCAUUUUUUUUGUUUUGUAUGUGUAGCUGCCUCAACUGGACACAUUUGUAAUUUUUAUCGUUGGAUUUUGAGAAAUUCAUGGAUACAUUAUUUACUUGGAAUUCCAGUUUCAUUGACAAUACAAAUUAUUGGUGUGAAAGAAUAUUGUUUCUGCUGCA